GCAGCAUGGCAAAAAGUGCUAUAGCACAGGGCAGAUCAAGUCUCAGACCUGGGGAUGGAGGGUGAAGCAGGCUUUGUUCUCUGUCUAGUGCAGGUCUGACCUCUCACCAGCAUUUCCCUCCCUGGAGAGGGAGGACAGGCUGUCCAGUGAGGGCACCUCCAGAGAUCCAGCUUUGUUAUCACCACCUGGGACAGUGUGUGCUCUGGCUGAUGUGACUAUAAGAAACAACUGUAACUCACACAGCCCUCCCACCCCUGCCCAGCCGCCCUGCUGGGACGGGACAUGUCCCUGCGCUGGGGAUGAGUGUAAUUUGGUGGUCCUUUCUCAGCAAGACCUGAAAGCCGCCACCUUCCCUUCACUGGGAAGGUCCUGGGUGCCUCUUCAAGCAGAGUCAUGGGGCAGGAUGGGGAGGAGGAGAAGGAGGCAUUGGAUUCUACCCCUCCAUGGCAACCUGUUCUCCCAGGGGCAGCACAGGUGGAGGGCCUCCGCUGCUGCCUCCUGCUAUUCCUCUGCCUGCUGCCACUGCCGCUGCGUGCCACCAGCCUGCCAACAUCGCUGGAGGACCCCCGGGACCCACUCCCACCGCCAUUUGGCACCUCCGACCCUACUGCCCGCCUGCUGCGUGGCCGCCCCUCGGCCCCAGUGCGGCCCUACAGCCUCUCGCUCUCCCCCGAGGAUUACCACUAUGCUCCCAAACCUCGCCACCUGCGGCCCGGCCGGCUGCGCCGGCUGCUGGGCCCAGCCUUCGACCCCUUCUGGAUGUCAGCCGAGGAGCCGCUAGGCCGCAACCUCAGCGCCAAGGAGGAUCUGGAGACCAUGAGCCGGGAGCUGGCGGAGGGCAGCGGGCGGUACCGCCGCAAGCUGUGGAGGGAGGUGGAGGGGAUGGAGCUGCCUCCUGAGCUGCCUGCUGACAUGGCGCGGCCUCUGCGGCGCUGGCUGGUGGAGCGGGCCUCGUGCCGCCUCACCUCCACCUGGGUGGACCUGGGGCCCGUCUUCUGGCCCCGCUGGGUGCGGCACUCCGCCUGCAGGACCGGCCCUCCCGACUGCUCAUGGCCCCCCGGCAUGGCCUGCCGCCCAGCCCAGCUCACUCAUCUCAAACUGCUGGCCUGGCACUGCUGGGCUGCCCGGCCCCCCGGCCCCCCGCACUGCGCCUGGCGGCAGAUACCCUACCCCGUGGUAGUGGCCUGCAAGUGCUCCUGCCGCUGAAGGGAUGAGAAAUAAAGGCCUGAAAGCCAAGGAGGCCUCUAUGGGUGUUUGAUUGUUGGGAAGGACGUGGGGUGGAUUUGGCUGUGUGUGAAUCCCAGUGGGGCUUGGGCCAAGAUGGGGUGAUGUGGGCCUGAGAAUCAUAGAAUCAUUCAGAUUGGAAAGACCACUAAGAUCAUUGAGUCCAAC